AAUUUAAUUAAUAAUCAAUUUUGAUUGUUGUUGAUUAUUGAUAGUUCAAACUGAGGAGGGAAGAAAACCGUUAACAGUACAAACAACAACCUUCUCAUUUCAUCUUCUUUCAUCUUCCUCUUUCUCCUUUCCCCUCUCCCUCUCCAUUUUCUCUCUCUUCCUGCUUUUUUUCAGAUCAUACAAAAACCCUAUAAUUUCCAGUAUCCUUCAAAUUUAUAUACUCAAAUUCAAAGAAAUUUGAAUUAUUCAUUGAAUCGAGUCGAGGAUUAUGUCCAUUUAAUUCAAAUCCAGCCUUACAUUUAAGGUUUCAAUUCAUUUUCUCUCUCAUCCUCUUUUUUCAAUUAAAACCUUAAUUAAUGACAUGUUUUAAGAUGAUGUUUUUGAAAAGAACUACUCAAGCUGAGUUGGAUGCAUUUUAUCCAGUUAGACCAGAGUGCCAAGACAGUGUUCCAAAGCCCCGAUUCAAAUUGAGGACAGGAAAAACUCUUAGCGCAAGGAGGUGGCAUUCUUCAUUCUCUGAAGAGGGUCAGCUGGACAUUGCAAAAGUUCUAAGACGGAUUCAACGUGGGGGUGUCCACCCUUCUAUCCGAGGUGCUGUAUGGGAGUUUUUGCUGGGAUGUUACGGUCCAAAUAGUACUUUUGAUGACAGAAGUCUAAUCAGGCAACGCCGCAGAGAGCAAUAUGAUGAAUGGAAAGCAGAGUGCAAGAAGAUGGUGCCUGUUAUUGGUAGUGGAAAGUUUCUCACAACACCAAUCGUAACUGAUGAUGGACAACCAAUAGAAGGUGCCCCGGGCGCACAAAGUGAUCAACAACAGAAUAACGAUGCUGUUUUUGAGAAGAAAGUGAUACAAUGGAAGCAGGUGUUGCCUCAAAUUGGUUUGGAUGUAGUACGAACAGAUCAGCCACUUGUGUUUUAUCAGAAUGAACGUAACCAGGCAAAACUCUGGAAUAUUCUUUCUAUAUAUGCUUGGGAGGACAGUGACAUUAGUUAUGUUCAAGGGAUGAAUGAUAUUUGCUCUCCAAUGGUAGUACUUUUUGAAAAUGAAGCAGAUGCCUACUGGUGCUUUGAGCGUGCUAUGCGUAGAUUGAGGGAUAAUUUCAAGACAACUUCAACUUCAAUUGGAGUACAAACUCGACUGAGUACACUUUCAGCAAUAAUCAAAGUUAUUGAUCCAAAGCUGCACCAACACCUUGAGGAAUUAGAUGGGGGCGAGUAUUUGUUUGCAUUUCGUAUGUUGAUGGUGCUUUUCAGAAGAGAGUUCUCAUUUAUGGAUGCUUUGUAUCUUUGGGAGCUGAUGUGGGCCAUGGAGUACAAUCCAAAUACUUUCUUGUUAUAUGAAACCAGUGCUGCGGCGGAAACUACAGCUAAUAUAAGUGAGAAACUGCUGAAGCAAUAUGGGAAAUAUGAAAGGAACAAUGUCAGAACUGGGUUCAAGGAUUAUCAGAGUGGAUUAGCUGUGUUUCUUGCUGCAAGCAUCCUUGAGAACAAGCACAAGCGAAUCUUGAAAGAAGCGAAGGGUCUUGAUGAUGUCGUUGAGAUUCUAGGGGAUGUAACAGGGAAUAUAGAUGCAAAAAAAGUAUGUAAAGAGGCAUUGAACAUACAGAAAAAGUUUUUUAAAAAGGCGCAGCUGCAAACACAAUAGGAUCUUACUGUACCUCCGUUUUGAACCCAAGAUAUUGAUACUUUGUGAACUAUAUAUCCAAUCAGUUUAGACUUUGUUGUCAAAAGUUUUUUAACAUUGUGUUUGGAUUAAACAAAAGCCGGAACUCAGAAAUAAAGAAGAAUUUCCAGUCUGAUUAUUGUCUGUAACAUUUUUCCCCUUCUCUUUUGUCUGUGGGAGGUUAGAGACAGGCUAAAUGUAGCCUUAUGUUUUAUUCUUUUGUUGUGAGGCGUGUUGUAAGUUGUAGCAAACCAAUGAUUUUUUGUAAUGUCAGGACAUUUUUGCAUAAAUGUAAAGGAGAAGCAAUUUUUAGAUGAUAAUUGUUCUUUCUGU